CCAAACUAGGAGGCCAAACCAGGUAGAAAAUUUGAGUGCAAUGAAAAACAUGGGGGUAUUUUUUCUUUUGUAAGAACUCUUUCUCCACUUCUCCCCAUCUUCUCUAGAAUUAUAACUACGUACUGUACGUACUAUGGAAACAGCUCUCUUCUCACCAGCUGCUCUAUUCGCCGACUCCGACGACAACUCUGCUGGUACCAGUGUACUUACCUUCUUCUAUGUUAUUCCUCACACUAUCAUAUGCUCCACUUUUUAUCACGCUAGGAGGCUUCUUUGCAGAUGAGAAGAUUACAGAUUCUCAAAACCAAAACUUUGUAGAGAGGAGCCACCAGUUUCCUGGGAUGGUAUUGCUUGUUCGAGAGUUUUGUUUCCACGAGUUGAAUGCAAAUUUACUUUGGCCUGGGACGUUUGCAUUUGCAGAGUGGCUAGUUGAUCAUAGAUCCUGGUUGGAAGGUCGGAAGAUACUUGAGUUAGGCAGUGGAACUGGUGCAUUGGCCAUCUUUCUACACAAAUCAUUUAAGCUUGAUAUCACGACAUCAGAUUAUGAUGACAGAUCUAUCGAGGAGAAUAUAUCCCAUAACUUCCAAACCAAUGGAAUUUCACCUGCUCAUCCUCAUUUAAACCAUACAUGGGGAGAUGCCUUUCCGAUUCCCGACUCACACUGGGACUUGAUAAUUGCAAGCGAUAUCUUGCUGUAUGUUAAACAGUAUCCAAAUUUGAUCAAAACACUGUCAUAUUUGCUGAAAACGUAUACACCUGAAGUUAUUGACUCUGAUUCUCCAGGUUAUGAACAACAUGAUGUGUUGUCUGCAUUGCCCAGACCAGCGUUCCUAAUGAGCUGGAGGCGGAGAAUAGGGAAAGAAGACGAGUCACUGUUUUUUGUUGGUUGUGAAAAAGCUGGUCUUGAAGUUAAGCAUUUGGGAUCCCGUGUUUAUUGCAUUAAUCUUAAACCUAAAUAAGAAACAGUGGUUCAAUUGGGAUGAUCUCUUGCUAGUGCAACUCCACUUGCAGCUUUAGACAAAUGAGUUGAGUUUUGUUUUGUACCCAGUGGAGGACCUAGGAGGGUCCUAGGGGGGCAAGUGCCCCCGCUUCCGACCCUGAAGUUUAAGAUUAGUACUUAAAGAUAAAAAUUGUGCCCCCGCAACGCGGUCAAAAAAACUAGAGAUUAUUUCAUAAAUAUUACCUAAGUAGAACAAAUGGACAUAAAUAUUACUAUAGUUACUAUGCAUAGUAUAAAUUAUAAAUAUCCACGAAGUUGUGAUGGAGCAAAUCCUUAUAGUUAGACAUUGAUUACUCACUUUGAUUGAAAAGUGAUAUUGAUGAUUUUCUUACUUGGUGUAAAUAAUGGUUGUUCAAAGUUAAAGGUCAAAGAUAUGACAAGUGUUCUUAUA